UUACUUCAUCCGAGAAUUUUUAGUCAUGGCAACAAAACCUGUAAAGCUUCUAGGUUUCUGGGAUAGCCCAUAUGUGGAUCGUGUUCAAUUUGCACUCAACCUCAAGUCCAUUGACCAUGAAUUCAUAGAAGAGAAUAUUCUGAACAAAAGCAAGCUCCUCCUUAGAUCCAAUCCUGUCCAGAAGAAAAUAGCAGUCCUUAUCCAUGGUGAUGAGCCUAUAUGUGAAUCUCUUAACAUUGUACAGUACAUUGAUGAGGUGUGGACAGAUGGUCCUUCUAUUCUUCCUUCUCAUCCCCGUGAUCGUGCUAUGUCCCGUUUUUGGGCUGCUUACAUUGAUGAAAAGUGGCUUCCUUUGCUUUGGGAAAUAUAUGAGGCCAAAGAGGAGGACUCGAGGACAACUCUGCUAGAAAAAGUACGUGAAGGUCUAGUAUUGUUGGAGGCUGCUUUCGUAAAGUGUAGCAAAGGGAAAGCUAAUUUCUUUGGUGGAGAUAGCAUAGGUUACCUGGAUAUAGCUCUAGGCGGCUGCUUGGGAUGGCUAAAAGGAAUAGAAAAAUUGGCCUCUGUGAAACUGCUCGAUGAAACCACACCAGCUCUUUUUCGGUGGGCUGAGACUUUCUGCUCAAAUGAAGCUGCUAAGAAUGUCGUGCCAGAGCCUGAGAAGUUGAACAAAUGUCUCAAGGAGUUCCAAGCUCAGGCAGCAGCUGCAACCAAGUGAACAAAGAUGCAUGUGUUUCAUUUAUUAGUUUUGUGGCAAAGAAUUCUUGUUUAUCGUUUUUGUUUGUUAAUCCACAGCCAAAAAAAAG